AACCCUAACCUCACCUCCGCUACGGUUUUCAUCUCUCUCUCUCUUUUUCUCUCUCCUAGGGUUUAACUCCAUGGCCUCCGGCGGCGGACAGCAAGCAGUCUCCUUCCUCACAACCAUCCGCCAGGACGGCCGUGGCCUCGGCGCCGCCGCCACCGCCGUCAACUUCCUCUACACCGUCGACGCGGCGCAGCGCGCCGUCCUCUUCGACCGAUUCCGCGGCGUCCUAGACACCACCGCCGGGGAGGGGACCCACUUCCUCGUCCCAUGGCUGCAGAAACCCUACAUCUUCGACAUCCGAACUCGCCCUCACACCUUCACCUCGAACUCCGGCACCAAGGAUCUCCAGAUGGUGAACCUGACCCUCCGGCUUCUAUCGAGGCCCGACGUCGAGAGGUUGCCGACGAUCUUUAAGCAGCUGGGGACGGAGUAUGAUGAGAAGGUGCUGCCUUCGAUCGGGAAUGAGGUGCUGAAGGCUGUUGUCGCGCAGUUCAAUGCCGAUCAGUUGCUGACGGAGAGGCCGCACGUGUCGGCGCUCGUUCGGGAUUCGUUGGUUCGGAGGGCGAGGGACUUCAACAUUGUUCUCGAUGACGUUGCGAUCACACACUUGAGCUAUGGGACAGAGUUCUCAGUGGCAGUGGAGAAGAAGCAAGUGGCACAACAGGAGGCAGAAAGGUCGAAGUUCCUCGUGGCAAAGGCAGAGCAGGAGAGGAGGGCGGCAGUCAUCAGGGCUGAGGGAGAGAGUGAGGCAGCGAAGCUUAUAUCGGAGGCUACGGUGGGGACAGGGAUAUUGGAGCUUAGGAGGAUCGAGGCAGCAAGGGAGAUUGCAGCCACUCUGGCUAAGUCGCCGAAUGUGGCUUAUUUGCCCGGAGGUAACAAUAUGCUUCUUGGAAUUAACCCAAGUAAUCCGAUGGGACGGUGAAAUGGUUGAGUAAAGGUUCUAUCUUUCUCCCUCUUUUUGGUUUCUGGUGUUGGCCUUUCUUGGUAGUCAAGGUAAUAAUUGUGAGGUAGAUGAGCUUAUGAACCUUAAUCUCGUUGGAUUUUUUUGGGUGAAGGGAGAGGUAUUGGGGAGAUUGAGAUAUGUAUGCAGCAUAUGCUUAGUUGUUGGUUUUAUAAAUUUCUUUAUAUAAUGUUUCUAAACAUCAUGUGCUUAAUUUGGUCAUAUAGUGUAGUUUUGUUGUGGAUCAUAAUAAUGUCAUAUUUCGUGUUACUGCUGGAAUCAUGAGAUUCAUUGAGUUCGUUCCA